AUGAGGACGUAUUUACCAGAGUAUAACCGGAUUUACAGACUUGAAGAACAGGGACAGGAGGAGAUCUGUGUGAGAGCUGGAUCCUCUCUGCUGCUGCUGCUGAAGGUAAAUGAACCAUGGGAGUUAAUAGGCAUGGAUUUGAUUGGCAAGUUGUCAAUGACCUCCACUGGAAAUCAAUACAUUUGUGUCCUCAUUGACUACUUCACAAAGUGGGUAGAGGCUUAUCCACUUGCCUCCAAAACAGCAGAGGAAGUUUCAAUGAUCAUUGUUAAAACAUUUUAUCGUUUUGGGGCACCAAAAAGGAUACUCACAGACCAAGGCAGGGAGUUUGUUAAUCAGGUCAAUCAAACAGUGGAAGAUGUACUUCAGGCAGAGAUAGUCCUGUCUGCCAUACAGUUGCAGGACCAAGUAUAUGAGGCAGUAAAGAAAAAUAUGCAAGCCUCAAGGGACAAAAUAAAAGCCAAAAAGCAAGCUUCCAGGGCUGCAGCUCACACUUUUGUUCCUGGGGAAAAGGUGCUGAGGAGAAACAUCAGAAGUCAGCAGAGGAAAGGAGGGAAGUUAGAGAGAGAUUUUCUGGGACCCUUCACAAUUACCUCUUUACAAGGCAAAAGUGCUAAUUUAGUAAAUGCUGAAGGUGGGAAAUUCACAAAAAUUAGUCUGGAUCACUUGAUUCCAGUUGUGGAGGAAGUAGCUCGAAUUCCCCACAGACUCAAAAUGUUAGACUCAAAAAGUUCAGCACCUCCAGUAGAAAGCACAGCACAUUUGGUCCUUAGCACAGCCCCUUCAGUCCCAAGCACAGCACCUCUGGUCCCAGAUACAGACUCUCCAGGCCAAGGCACAGAAUCUCUAGUUCCAGGCACAGCAUCUCCAGCCCAAAGCACAGCAUCUCUAGUUCCAGGCACAGAUUUUCCAGUCCAAAGCACAGCAUCUCCAGUCCCAGGCACAGAAUCUCUAGUUCCAGGCACAGAUUUUCCAGUCCAAAGCACAGCAUCUCCAGUCCCAGGCACAGCAUCUCCAGUCCCAGGCACAGAACCUCCAGUCCAAGAAUCUCCCGUCCCAGACACAGAAUCUCCCAUCCCAGACACAGAAUCUCCAGUCCCAGGCACAGCACCACUGGUCCCAAGCACAGCCAGUGCUCAAUCUAUCACAUGUUACAGUGAUCUUGAGAAUAUCAUCAGUGCAGUUUGGUCUGGUAGAAGUGAUUGUGUCCUGAUGGCCAAAAUUGGACCAUAUAAAAUCUUUGAGACGGACAUAGCACACCUUGGACCUGGCAGAGAAUUGGAGAGCGAGGUUAUUAAUUCAUACAUUUUUACACUGGUGAGGAAGCAUAACCAGGAGCACGAGGGCAAGGCUUACAUGAUUGACACCUUUGCAAUGACCAAAAUAUGGCAAGGGUCAUAUCAAAUGCUAAAAAAGGUUAUCAAGACAUAA